CAACCCUGUCUGUGAUUUCGUUAGCAGUUCAUGUCGGAUUUAAGUGGUAGAUUGUAGUUUUUCUAAAACGUUAUUGAACGUUUUAAUUUACAAUGGCAUCCGUGGACUCUGGAGUGGAGAUGGGUAAUGAUUCGAACGAUAGUUCGAUUACUCAACACGAAAAUCUCUCGCCGUACCAAAUGAGCAAUGUCAGUUCGACUAUGGCCACAACAACCACACUAACAACAACAACAGCAGCAACAACAACCAACAGCGAGAACAAAGCAAAUUCUUUUCACAUUGAAACUGGACCUAUCCUCAGUUUGCGAUCGUUUUCAUUUGUACCCGUAAUUGGAACUCACACACGCACCGGGGGUAAUGAAAUUUCGACGCCAACGACUAGUACUGGACCAGUUGUCGUAUACUACCCUAAAGAAAUAAAAAUGCAUGAGAAUGUGGCAUAUUGGAGUUCAGAAGUUGUGACUGGUAGGGAUCGUCGUCUUUGCAACAGCAAACCUGGGAAAAUCGACUCACAUUUUAUCCGUUUCACACGUGCUUCGGCUUCUAAAGGGUACCACGAGAGCUCAAAACUGAGGUGUCCUUACUCAUAUCCAACAGAUAGAUUAUCAAUGUCCGCAGGAGUAAGAAAAUACAAACCUAACUGUCACGGAAAGAUUAAAUCAGUCUGUGCAGUACGAAACCGUCAUGAGACCUCGAAGUACGCUACUUUGAUUCGCUAUCAUAAAUUUCGAGUUGCAGUACGUAGAAACAACAUUAUCGAGAUGAGAGAAUUGUUAAGUAGCGGUAUAUCACCUAAUGAAGUGGAUAUUGAGAAUGGACAAACUGCUUUACACAUUGCUACUGCCAAGGGUAACACAGAAAUGGUGCAGCUAUUACUAGAAUAUGGCGCAGACCCUAAUCAACCUGAUUGUCGCGGCAACACUCCUCUACAUACAGCAUCUGACACAGCAUCUGACACAGCAUCUGGCACAGCAUCUAUUUUACGUCGCGUAUCAAUAAUAACGCUUCUUUUGAAAGCAGGAGCGGAUGUCUCGUCGCUGAGUAAAGACGGAUAUAGUCCGUUGCAAUUGGCAGAGUCACGUUUAAAAUUAGUUCAAACGUUUAAGGUUAAGGGAGUGGAAAUGUCUAUAGUAAAACAAGAGCUGAACGACAUAGUAAAUAUGUUACUGACGUAUCUACAAAAGCAGAAAAGUUCCCAUGAAAAAUUGGAAACCUUGAGCUCCUUUUAUUCACGUUUAUCUUUGUCAAGCACAGUCGAUCAGGUUCAGGACGAUGUAAAAGAUCUGCUGGCUAAAUUGGAUGCUCUUAAUAUAACUAGUUAAUUAUUUCAAUUAACAAUUGUCAGUCUUAUUGACAAAAUGAA